AUGGAGAGUGAAAGCGGCGAGCCCUCUCUGCCGGAGCAAGCCAGGGCUGUGACGGCACGCGAGCUAUGGCCCGAGUUGCCUUUCUUCGCCUGCGGACUACUCCCGACAGAGCAGGAUGAAAGGCGCAUCCAGCAGCAGCAGGUACAGCUGCCAGCUUCCGCUGCGACCAACGCCCUCUCUCUCCGAGGCAUAGAUACCGCGAGCGAGGCCAUGUCGGCAUACGGGACCCCCCAGAACGAAGACCUGUUCAGCCGCUGCACCGAGACCACGAAGCCGACGGAUGUCGUCCCCUCCGCGAGCGGCGACAAGGCAGAGGACGGCGAGGAUGUCCUCCUCCCCCUCAAAGGGUCGACGUGUGCCACUUACUGGGGCGGGUCCCCCUGCCGUACGGCGGUCUCGUCUUCAUCCUCCUCCUCGGAUUCCAGCCGGCAGUCCUCUCCGGGGCCCGAGUCCGGAUCUCUCUACACCACCCACGACCAGUUUGACGGUGGGCCGGUGCCCCGCGAGGAAGAGCUGGACCUGAGCUCCGCGGCCUGUUCUUCCGAAUGGGCCGGUCCUGGGCCCAAUGGCCUCACGAUCCGCGAGAUCGGGAUGCCUUUGGGCGAUGCGAACCCAAGGACUCUCUCGGACGUCUUGCAGGCGGUUGAGGACAUGUAG